AUGCAAGACGACCCCGAAAAUUCGAAGUUGUACGACCUGCUGAACAGUCAUCUGGAUGUGCACGGUCGAAGUAGCGAAGAGGCGAGACAAAUGGGUGGCAGCAGAAGCCAGACCAGCAGCAGUGGUGGUGAGAACGAAGAGGAUGUGACAUUUGGCGGUGGAUUCCACAGCGGUACGUUCGACUCGAUGCUGGAGGCGCUGCCCGAUGAUUUGUACUUCACAGACUUCGUGUCUCCCUUCGCAGCGGCUGCCACGACCAGCGUCACCACCAGGACAAUCGAGGAGAGCGUUCCGGCUACCAACCACAUGGAGGACGACAUCGCCAUGUUCGAUUCGCUGGCCACGAGCAAGCCCAUCGAUAUAGCCGCUUCCAACCAGCAAAAUGGUGAAAUUGCACAGCUCUGGGACUUCAACGUGGACCAGUUCAACAUGACACCGAGCAACUCGAGCGGUUCUGCCACCAUCAGUGCUCCCAACAGCUUCAACUCUGACAUUCCGCAGUACAAUCACGGUACGCUCAGCAAUAGCGUCUCCAAAUCUUCUUUGUUCCCACCGAAUGCUACCGGAACCACCGGAAAUAAUAACCUUUAUAACAGCAACAACAGUAACACGAAUGCCAGCCAGCAGUCUCACCAUUCUUUCAACAUCUAUAAACUACAAAACAAUAACUCUUCUUCAUCCGCCAUGAACAUUGCCAGCAGCACUAGUACCAAUAAUAUCCAACAUCCGUUUCUAAAGAAAAGCGAUUCCAUGGGGUUAUCGUCAUCCAACACAACGAACUCUGUAAGAAAAAACUCACUCAUCAAGCCAAUGUCGUCUACGUCAUUGGCCAAUUUCAAAAGAGCUGCUUCAGUGUCUUCCAGCAUGUCUAAUAUAGAACCCUCCGGUCAAAAUAAGAAACCGCUGAUACAAUGCUUUAACUGUAAGACAUUCAAGACACCACUUUGGAGGAGAAGCCCUGAGGGAAACACCCUUUGUAAUGCAUGCGGUCUUUUCCAAAAAUUGCAUGGUACCAUGAGGCCAUUAUCUUUAAAAUCCGACGUUAUCAAAAAGAGGAUCUCGAAGAAAAGAGCAAAGCAAACAGACCUGAACAUUCCUCAAAAUACCACAAGUGCACCCCCCACAUCGUCAACACCAGUGUCCACUUUAACUGCGAAGCCCGUACGAUCUAGGAAGAAAUCUUUACAACAAAAUUGUAUAUCCAGAGUAAUUCCCGAAGAAAUCAACAAUGACAAUAUAAAUAAAAAUAACAAUAUCCUUACCAUGAAUAGAGGAGGCUAUAACUUUAAUUCCGUUCCUUCGCCAAUCCACAUGAGCAACCAACAGUACAACAGCAGUGGCCCAAACUUCAAUGGAGGAAGCAAUGUAAACUUGAAUUCAAAUAAUUUGAUGCAUCACAAUUCAACCACUAUCACCCCCAAUUUCAGAAGGUCUUCAAGAAGAAGUAGUACUUCAUCAAAUACCUCGAGUUCCAGUAAAUCUUCGUCUAGAUCAGUGGUCCCGAUUUUACCAAAACCUUCUCCAAAUAGCGCUAAUUCACAGCAAUUCAACAUGAACAUGAACCUAGUGAACACGACAAAUAACAUAAGCGCAGGAAAUAGUGUGGCAUCGUCACCAAGAAUUAUAUCAUCGUCGAACGUCAAUUCAAAUAGCCCUUUACAACAAAACCUGCUAUCCAACUCUUUCCAACGUCAAGGAAUGAAUAUACCGAGAAGAAAAAUGUCACGUAAUGCAUCUCAUUCCUCAUCGUUCAUGGCUGCAUCUUUACAACAACUGCAUGAACAACAGCAAGUGGACUUGAAUCCAAACUUAAGUGCAAAUUCAAACAGACCAAAUUGGAAUACAAGCAAUAGUGUCUCUACGAAUUCAAGAUCGUCGAAUUUUGUUACCCAAAAGCCAAAUUUCGAUAUCUUCAACGCUCCGUCAGAUUCACCGGGUAUUUCAAGACCGUCUUCAAGAAAAUCUCACACUUCGCUGUUGUCACAACAAUUGCAAAAUUCAGAAUCAAAUUCAUUCACUUCGAAUCAUAAAUACAACAAUAAAUUGUUCGGUAGUUCUACAUCACCCAUGAAAUAUGACGCGAAUUCGAGUGCUGGCGAAAAAAGUAAUGAAGAUGGUUCCAUAAAGGGAUCCUCUAAAGAAAGUUCAGCGAUUGCAGAUGAGUUAGAUUGGUUAAAAUUUGGUAUAUGA